AAGGUUACUGUUAGCUACGUAUUGUUUGUUUACUAUGAACAAAAAAGUAAUAUGCCUGUUUGACGUUGAUGGAACACUUACAAAGCCACGCAAUAUUAUAUCCGAUCAUAUGACUGAAUGUUUGCUUAAAUUGUGCGCUAAUAUUCCCUUGGCUGUGGUUAGUGGUUCCGAUUUCCAGAAGGUUUCUUCACAGAUUGGGACAUUCGUUACCGAAAAAUUUUCAUAUAUAUUCUCUGAAAAUGGUUUGGUAGUACACAGUUAUGGUCAGAAAAUUAAAAGCACAAAUAUUGUUGAGCAUGUUGGUGAGGACAUCCUUCAACGUUUCAUCAAUUUCUGUCUCCAGUAUAUGUCAAACAUCUGGCUUCCGAGGAAAAGAGGAAAUUUUAUUGAAUUCAGAAAUGGUUUGAUAAAUGUGUGUCCAGUUGGACGAAGCUGUAGUCAGAAAGAACGAGAUGAAUUCGCUGAAUAUGAUGCGGCGUUUCACAAUCGGCUGUCCAACAGUUUUCCCUUAAGUCUUAUUGUCAAACUUCUAAAUCGAUGGAGGUAUUGUAAUUUGUCCACUUGUUUCACAGAUUCUUGUACAAUUUAAGGGACCACGGUGUGUCUCUGUAAAUGUGCAGGUGAUAAAUAUUUCUUAUCAAUACAUAUUAUAUUACAGUUGCACCCUAGUAACAUAAAAAAGUUAGCUGCUGUUGCUUGUCUACUUAACCUGUACGUAUAACUAAAAUUGAAGUAAAAUAAAAUUGUUAUUGUACACUUUGUUCAGGAUUUACCGUCAUGUAACAUUUAUGGAACAGUAGUAACAAAUCAUUUCUUAAAGAUAGCCUUUCCUAAUACCUCGUAAUAAAAGUAUGGUUCUAUCUCACAGCAAUUAACAAUAUGAUUUUACCUAUGAAUCUGGUACAUGCAUUAAGUUUUAAUAAUGGUAUGAACUGCUUCUGGUUUUAGUACAUUCCACUUAGCCUUUGUGCUUUGUAAGAGAACUUAAGAACCAAAUGUUCAGACCAGAUUGACAUUAUUGAAUCGUCUAUUUAGACAAACAUUGUCUACACCCUAAGAUACGAUUCAUGAUCAGAAGUUUUUUAUUCAAUUAUAUGAGUGAAUUCUUGAUGUUAGAUAUCAUCUCAUCCUUCUAGCUCUCACUAACAAUGUUUUCAAAUGAAUUAAUGUGUACAACAUCUAUGCCAUUACUAGUGUAAUCUGUCAAUAAUUUGGUCUUUUUCUCUAAGCGCAUUUAUAUCACCACCUAUCGAUGAUAUGGUAAUGGAAUGAAUGUUUUCGACCGUUCUAUUUUUUUUACUUUAGAAACAUAAAAUUCGCGAAAAUUUCGUCAUGAAAAUGCGUUCGGAAUUUCAUUCAAGUCCUUUAGAGUUCGCUAUAGGUGGACAAAUUAGUAUUGAUGUUUUUCCAAAAGGUUGGGACAAACGAUACUGCUUACAAUUCCUUAAAGAUUACGAUACUAUACAUUUCUUUGGUGACAAAACAGAAGAGGGUGGAAAUGAUUACGAAAUAUUCAAUGACCCACGAACCAUCGGACAUACUGUUACGUCACCGGAAAAUACCGAAGCUCAACUCAAAGCGUUAUUCCCCGAAUAUUGUUAAACAUGUAUAUAAAUAAACACUUAGCAAUAAACAACGACAGCGGUUGGAAUAAAAAAAUAUAAGUGCGAAUUUAUUUCUAAAUCUUUUUUUAUAGACAAAAUUUUAGUUCACACCAGAUAGAGUUUAGUGUGUUUAUUUGUUACUUUGACUUUUUGUUUAGAAUUAAAUAUUACUAUUGUUUAUUGGUCGUUUAUUCUAGUUUAUAUGUGAUGAAGAUAUUUUAUAGAACAAUAAUUAUUGCUCUUUAGUAUUGCC